CAACCGAAGUUCAUUUAUCUGAUCUCAGAACCUCAACGUUGAACACAGAAAGGGGAAAAGGGGAUUAGGGUUUGGGAAGCAGCGUACGAUUAUGGAUUUCACAGCGGAGAAGAAGGAAUCAGAGAACAACAGCGCCAAUAACCCCGAAAACGCUCAUCAAACGUUAGAUUCUUCUUCUCAAUUGGCGUCGGCACUUGAUUCAAGCAACAAAGAAACCGAAGAACGACAAUCUCGUGAACUCAAAGCUGGUCUUCACCCUCUGAAGAACAAAUUUGUCUUCUGGUACACUCGUCGAACACCUGGAGUUCGAAACCAGACCUCAUAUGAGGACAACAUAAAGAAAAUUGUUGAAUUUAGUACGGUUGAAGGAUUUUGGGUCUGCUAUUGCCAUCUUGCCCGGCCUGCUUCUUUGCCUAGUCCCACAGAUUUGCACCUUUUCAAGGAAGGAAUUCGCCCUUUAUGGGAGGACUCUGCUAACUGCAAUGGUGGUAAAUGGAUUAUACGAUUCAAAAAGGUUGUCUCGGGUCGUUUUUGGGAGGACCUGGUUCUUGCCUUAGUGGGUGACCAAUUGGAUUAUGGGGAUAACAUAUGCGGUGCAGUACUAAGUAUUCGUUUCAAUGAGGAUAUAUUGAGUGUCUGGAAUCGCAAUGCUUCUGACCAUCAGGCUGUAAUGGCCCUGAGAGAUUCAAUUAAACGUCACUUGAAGCUUCCUCACAGCUAUGUUAUGGAGUACAAACCCCAUGACGCCUCUCUGCGAGACAAUUCAUCCUACAGGAACACUUGGUUGAGAGGGUAGAUAGAUGUAGAACCGUGUUCUCGCCAGAAUCCCUGCAGUGGAAGCUAUAUUGCAUACUCUUGCAGGCUUCCAUUCAGCCAGUGAAAUCAUUGACUAAUGGUGGUUGUUCCAGGACUGGUUUCUGUCUUUUGAAUUCAAUGUACGACAACUACAUCGCUACUUUAAUAGAGUUUCAUUUGGUUACUUGGGGUUAACUCUAAUUCUGUGCAAUGUGUCUCCUAGUUUCUGUAAAUAAACUUGUUUGUGUUGCUUUUCA